AUGAAAGUGAUUAUUAUACUAUUUUUAGCAACGCAAUGCGGAAAUUGUGCAAAAAUUUUAGGCAUCGUGCCUACCCCUUCGUACAGCCACCAAGUAGUCUUCCAACCCAUUUGGAGGGAGUUGUCGUUACGUGGCCAUCAGGUAACAACUCUCACAACCGACACAAUCAACGAUCCAUCGCUUGUAAAUUUGACGGAGAUUAAUUUGCACUUUGUGUACGACAUUUGGGAAACGAAAGUUCAGAAUUUCAUGAACUCACUAAAUGGGUUUCAAAUGUACCAUUACGGAUUCGAAGCGUUAUUAACGGUUGCAGAUGCAGAACUUUCACAUUGCGAGGUGCAGAACUUGCUCAACGAUGAGGAUGCUCACUUCGAUCUGGUGAUUGCUGAGUACUUUUUACCGACAAUGUUUAUAUUCGCGCAAAAAUUUGAUUGUCCCCUUGUUGGUGUAGUUUCUAUGGAUUUACCAAAUUUCAGGUACAGGUUAGUGGGAAAUCCUAAUCACCCAGUCCUUUAUCCGGAUGUUUUUCUUCCACUGUCCGGUGAACUGACAUUUUUCGAGCGACUAUUGGGCGUUAUGUUUUCUGUUGCAACGGAUAUGUACAUAUACUUUUACCUAAAUGGAGCCGAGCAGGCUGUUAUUAACAAGCAUUUCGGUGAAGACUCCCCCACUAUAAGCGAAUUGGCGAAGAAUCCGAGCAUUCUACUUAUGAAUACGAGCCCCACUUUCCACCAACUAAGACCUAUGAUGCCGUCCAUUAAUCAAAUUGGAGGAGGAUUACAUCACGCCUCUAUCAAACCACUACCAAAGGACUUACAAGAUAUCUUGGAUCAAACAGUACAGGGGUUCAUAUACUUCAGUCUGGGCACCAAUGUUCAUAGCCAGUUUCUAUCUGAAGCUUUGCAAAAAGUCCUUCUUCAAACAAUCACGGAACUUCCGUAUCUGGUGCUUUGGCAGAUUGAUUCCGAAAUUAUAAAAAAUAAACCCGACAACGUGAUUGUUUCAAAAUGGUGGCCUCAGCAAAGCAUUCUCAAACAUCCAAGCAUUAAACUAUUCAUAACACAAGGAGGCCUGCAAUCGUUGGAAGAGGGAAUAUAUGACAACGUUCCAAUGGUAGUUUUACCAUUCUUUGCCGAUCAACCCGUAAAUGCCAAAAAUAUUGAAGAGAAGGGUUUCGGACUAGCGCUUGAUUAUAAUAAGUUAACCAAGCAACAAUUUAAGGCGGCAAUUCUGGAAGUAAUUAAUAAUCCGAAAUACCAAGAAAGUAUUAGAGAAAUGACAGAAGUUGCGAAAGAUUUACCGAUGGGCCCCUUGAAACAGGCAGUUUGGUGGAUUGAAUACGUAAUCAGGCACAAAGGGGCAAAGCAUAUGAGAAGUCGAUCCGUAGAUGUGCCAUACUAUCAGUAUUUUCUGUUGGAUGUCAUGGCUUUCCUGCUUGCGACCUUUGUAUUUCUAUCACUUUUGUUACGAUUUACUGUUUGUAAAUUUUAUUUGAUAUUUACUAAAGUCAAUAGUGAAGGUAAACAGAAACGAGGUUAA